AUGGCUGAUGCUCGAGCUCGAGCUCAUGUCCCUGACAAUGGCGGAGCAGGGGCCUCAGGUAUACCACAUGUGACCUCGGCCUCGAGAUCAGUGACCAUGGAGUCCGGGGAACUCGCUAGGAUUAUUCAAGAAGGAAUUGCAGCGAGCCUACUUCAGGGCAAUAAAGGGACGACAAGAUUCAGUCCCAAUACUCCAUUUACUCUCGAGAUAUUAACAUUCCCCUUGCCGGACAGAUUUAAGUAUCCUAGUAUCAAAGAGUAUGAUGGGACCACCGAUCCAAUCAAUCAUCUGAACAUAUACACGGACGUCAUGAAUUUACAGGUCGCACCAGAUCAGGUGAUGUGCAAGGCCUUCCCGCAAACCUUGACGAAUGCCGCUAGGGAUUGGUUCUCAACCUUAGAGUCCAACUCCACAACCUCAUUCUCGGAUUUGGCGGACAAGUUCUCCGCUUUCUUCGCAAGCAGCAAACGCAUCAGGAAGACAGCGGCUUCCCUCAUGCACCUUAGACAGGGGCAAAAUGAGACCUUACGUGACUUCAUGACCAGGUUCAACAAGGAAAGACUUCAGAUUCCCGACCUACACAUAACUGCAGCGGUUUCUGCCCUCACAUAUGCCAUAAAGUGUGAGGCCUUCAAGAUGUCUUUAUCCAAAACUCCGUCAAAGACAGUGACCGAGCUUCUUACCCGAGCCGAGAAGUACAUAAAUAUGGAGGAAACACUGAACCCGAGAAAGGUUGGACCAUCCCAUGACAGGGUCGAGCAUAAAAGACAGCAUGACCCGAACCCUCGUGAAGAACAGCAUCGGAAAAAACAGAGACAGGAGGUUCCCCCGACGCCGUUCACGCGUUUAAAUACGUCAAAGACCAAUAUAUUGAUGGAGAUCAAGGAUAUGAAGGAACUGAAAUGGCCUGUCAGAAUGAGGUCACCACCCGAAUCCAGGGACAUGAACAAGUACUGUGAGUUCCAUCGGGAUCACGGGCAUACCACGGAGAACUGUAAGGCCCUGCAACGGGAGAUUGAAGCCCUUAUUAAAAGAGGACUCCUGAGCUCCUACGUCGGUAACGACAAACGCCCGAGGAAUGAUCGUGGCAGGGAAAAAGACCCUGAGGCAAAGAGGGAUGGUCAACCCACUGCUGGAACCAUCAAUAUCAUCAUUGGAGAUUUCAGGGCACGUGAAGAAUAA